AUGGGAAAAUUAAAAGCUUGUAGGAUUUGUUUACAAAUGGACCUCAGACUGGAAAAUAUACAAUCCAACUUUUUGGGACUAUAUUAUGAAAUAAUUACGGGGUUGAACCUAAAUGAAAACGAAUUACCAGGAUAUUGCUGUUAUCAAUGUGCUGCUUUAUUGAAGAAAUUCUAUUCAUUUAGACAGAAAAGCCUUAAAGGUCUAGAAAUGCUGCAAGGUGUUUUGGAGACUUAUGGCAAGAUUACAGAAGAUACUAUGAGAAAAAUAGAACAGAAAAAUUCUUGUUCAAAAUCUGGCUUGAGUACUUUUAAUGGUUUUUCAAUAAAUAUUUUCCCUGAAGGAGUUGAAGAAGAUACAAUGGUAAAUGAAAUCAAUGUAUCUAUUGAAGCCAGCCAUGAUUUUAAAAAUGACAAUACUGCCUUAGACUUGUACGACUUAAUCAAAGAAGAGCCUUGUGAAAAACUAAAUAGUGAUGUUGAUGAAACUUAUGAAGAUUGGUUAAGUGAUGAUGAGCCUCUUGCAGUACACAAGAGUAUUAAAAAGAAAAUAGAAAAGAAAAAGAUAGUCAAAGAAGAAAUAAAGGAAGAAACAGUGGAGGUACCAAAAACAAAAACCUCAAAAUUAAAAAAAUCCAUAAAAGUGAAUAAGAAACCAGUUAAACUUUUAAGAAAAGAUGUAAUUCAACCUAAACAAAUCCAAGAUUUCAAUUUUGAGAGCUAUGUCGAUGUCAUCACACUAACGGAAGAAGAGCAAAAAGAAGAAAUAAGUAAACGUAAAGAAUCGGAAAAUUACCAAAGUGCACCAUUCAAAUGCGAGUUGUGUUUUAAAGUUUUUCUAGACACACAAACCUGGCAACACCAUAUGAAGAAACAUGAUGUGUCGUCAGGCCGUGUGCAGUGCGAAAUAUGUAAGUUGCGUUUCAAAUCGCAACAUUGUCUUAACAAACAUAUUAUGUGUCACGCGAAGAAGUACAAAUGCAAAUACUGCCCAUACAUUUCGCGAAACACAACACAAGCGUGGAAUCAUGUAUUUUGGCAUCAAGGGGUUACGUAUAAGUGUCCGCAUUGCGAUGAGCAGUUUUCCCAAUGGACGUCGUACCUCAGCCACGUGCGAAUAAAGCAUCCAUCGGACUACAUCUGCCCUUACUGCGGCUACUCCUUCGUGUCACAACACGGUCUUAACAUGCACAAGAGCUUAAUGCACCGCGGUGUCGCUGACCUGAAUGAAGACAACAAAGACCUGCCGUUCUGUUCAUCCUGCGACAUGAAGUUCGCAUCGGAGGAGGCUCACAAGCGACACUUGGUGACAGCAAAAAAACAUAUACUGGACUCUGAGAAGAAGAAUGGAUGUCGCGAAUGCGGUGAAAAGUUCUCUAGUAUUGACGAACUGCGAGUACACUCGCGUACUGCGCACACGCACAAAGCGUGUGAUGCUUUGCUUCAACGGUAUAAACGGAACUCUGAUAGUCGCACUUGGCCCACUAAAUGCCCGCAUUGCUCUGAAGAAAUAGCAAACGCACGUCAGUACUGGUCGCACUUUAGACGGAACCAUCCCGAUGAAGUUUAUCCCGUAGAGAAGAAAUAUAUCUGUGAUAUCUGUGGAAAAUCAUUCCGGGGAAAUGCCUUCCUGACCUAUCACAAGCGGAUCCAUACCGGUGAAAAGCCCUUCAAAUGCAAGCAAUGUGAUAAAAGAUUCUUUAACCGAACUAAUCUCCUGAUGCACGAGAAAACACAUUCUGAGCAGCGGCCUUAUAUCUGCUGUGUUUGUGGAAAAGGCUUCAAGAGUAAAGGGGCGCUUGAUAGGCAUUUCCGGUGUCACACGGGCGAUAGACCAUACAAAUGUGAACUGUGCGGUAAAGCCUUCGCCCAAUCCAAUAGUUGUAAGGUCCAUGUGCAUACCGUACAUCUCAAACAGCCCUCGCCAUACAUCAGCCGUGCUAGACUUCAGAAGAGGGUUAAGAAUUUAGCAACGGACAAACAAACUGUAUUAUAUUGUACAUAA